AUGCCAAAAAAGUUUCUUUCCGAAAAUAAAAGAGCCUUUGAAUCAAGAGAAAGAAAAGCAAAAGACAAUGAAGAAAAAUUAUUGCAGGAAAAACAGGAGCUAGAAGAAGCUCACUGGCAAGAGAGUAAUAAAAACAUAUUGAAAAAACAGCAACGAAAGGAAAAUGAAAUAAAGAAAAAGCAAGAAAUACAAAAUAAAAAAGCUUCGAUGAAGGCACUCCUGGAACAAGAAGAUGAGGAUUUGAAAGCUAAAAAGGCGAGUUCUAGGAUAACAAGAAGCCAAAUCGUUGAAAAAAUCAACAAAGAUCAAGAAAUUAAAGAAAUAAAAGACAAGGUCACAUCAGAAACGGCCUUAGUCGAAAACGUUAACAGACUAACAGUGGAUGGAGUGGAGGCAAGAUCAGUUAGCAAAGCCAUAAGUGUUUUGACUAACAAAGGAGAUAAAGUUGAUAACCAUCCAGAAAAACGUAAGAAAUGUGCUUUUAAAGUGUUUGAAAAGAAAUGCGAAGCUAAAAUUAAAAAAGAAAAUCCGGCGUUAAGAAUGUCGCAGGUUAAGGAACGUGUUCUGAAGGAAUGGCAAAAGUCUCCAGAAAAUCCUUUAAAUCAUGUUAUGGAAUGAUUUUUUUAAAUUAAAGUCGUUAAUAUAUUGGUUAGGUACAUGGUUUUUACUAAACUUUAGUUUAAAAUUAAUAAUUAUUACAAUUUAUUGUCAUUUUUAGUUAAUGGCGUUUGAUAGUUAAACUUGACAUACUAAUAAUAUUUUUGUUUUAAUUUUCC